AUGGCGCAAAAGGCGAUUGAAGUUGUAAUCGUUUCUGCCAGGCGCACGGCAGUGGGCAAGUUUGGCGGUUCGCUUGCCGCUGUGCCUGCCCAUGUGUUGGGUGCCAGGGUUAUCGAAGCCUUGCUGGGGGACACAGUUGGCAAGGUGAAGAACAGCAUGGUUGAUGAGGUCAUCAUUGGGCAAGUGCUUACAGCGGGCUGUGGCCAAAACCCGGCACGACAGGCAGUCAUAAGCGCUGGACUGCCUGAGACUUGCCCGGCUUUAACCAUCAACAAGGUUUGUGGAAGUGGCCUCAAGGCAUUGCACCUCGGGAUGCAGGCGAUUGCAUCAGGUGAUGCUGAAAUUGUGAUUGCUGGCGGUCAGGAAAGCAUGUCGUCCAGUCCACACGUGCUGAACAAAAGCAGGGAUGGACAAAGAAUGGGCGACUGGAAGAUGGUGGAUUCAAUGAUUGUUGAUGGCUUAUGGUGUGCCUUCAACCAGUACCACAUGGGCAUCACCGCCGAGAAUGUGGCAGCCAAAUUUGGUGUAGAUAGAUCCACACAAGAUGCCUUUGCAGCGGCAUCCCAACAAAAAGCUGCAGACGCCCAGAAGGCGGGAAAGUUCAAAGACCAGAUCGUGCCAGUUCCAACCUCCAAGAAAGGUCAGGUGCUAGACCAGGAUGAGUACAUCAAGGCAGACUCCACUGCGGAGCAGCUCGGCAAGCUGAAGCCCGCCUUCAAGAAGGAUGGCUCCGUCACAGCAGGUAAUGCCUCUGGCCUCAAUGAUGGGGCUGCGCUAUGCUUGCUGAUGUCGGCAUCCAAGGCCGCCGAGCUAGGCUUGCAGCCCUUGGUUUACAUCCGGGGCUUCGCAAGCGCGGGGGUGGAUCCCAAAAUCAUGGGCACAGGGCCCAUUCCCAGCUCCAAGAAGUGUUUGGAGAAGGCGGGAUGGUCCGUCCAGGAUCUGGAUAUUGUCGAAGCCAAUGAAGCUUUUGCAGCGCAGGCCAUUGCCGUGAACAAGGAGAUGGGAUGGGACACGUCCAAGGUCAAUGUGAACGGUGGCGCGAUAGCCAUUGGCCAUCCUAUUGGUGCAUCUGGCUGCCGCAUUGCUGUGGACCUGAUUCAUGAAAUGCGACGGACCAACAAGCGUCGCGGUUUGGCAACUCUUUGCAUCGGCGGCGGUCAAGGAGUGGCAAUGUGUUUCGAGCGCCCCAUUGCCAGCAAGCUGUGA